AUGGCUGUUGCAUUCAACAACGUCAACUCUGAUUCUGGCCUCAAGAAGCUUGAUGAGUACCUUUUGACCCGCAGUUACAUCACCGGGUACCAAGCGUCCAAGGAUGAUAUCACUGUGUAUUCAUCUCUAGCAAAACCCCCAUCAGCUGCAUAUGUUAAUGCAUCUAGGUGGUAUAAGCACAUUGAUGCACUUUUGAGAAUCUCUGGUGUAUCUGGCGAAGGCGCUGGUGUUACUGUAGAGGGGUCUGCACCCAUCUCUGAGGCUGUGGCAACUCCUCCUGCUGCUGAAAGUAAGGCCCCCGCUGUUGAAGAUGAUGACGACGAUGAUGUUGACCUAUUUGGUGAGGAAACUGAAGAGGAAAAAAAGGCUGCUGAAGAACGCGCCGCAGCAUUGAAGGCGUCAGGGAAGAAGAAAGAAUCUGGCAAGUCCUCAGUUCUCAUGGAUGUCAAGCCAUGGGAUGAUGAAACCGAUAUGAAAAAGCUUGAAGAAGCCGUUCGAGGUGUUCAGAUGGAAGGAUUGACUUGGGGAGCAGCUAAGCUUGUUCCUGUUGGAUAUGGUAUUAAGAAGCUGCAAAUUAUGCUUACCAUUGUCGAUGACUUGGUCUCUGUGGAUGAUCUCAUUGAGAAUUAUCUGACGGUUGAGCCUAUCAACGAGUAUGUUCAGAGCUGUGACAUUGUUGCUUUCAACAAGAUAUGUGGUCAUUGACAAUGAACUUGUAGGAGAUUUAGUUGGUUAUUGAGAUCGAUGGACAAGAGAAAUUGGUUGUGGAAAAAGAGACCUUCUGAGAAGAGCAUUGGUGAAAUUGAGAGUUCUGGUUCACUCUCUUCACAUUCAGAAUGACACUCUAAUGAGUAGGAUCCGUUAAAAGAAGCUCCAAAAAAUGACAACCAGUCACCAGAAGUGACCUCAAAAGCAGCAACUAUUAAUAAUGAAGCCAAGGAAAGUCCAAAGAAGUUGAUAGAAAAGUUAUCAGCUGCUUUGGUUAAUGUUAGUGCUAAAGAAGACUUAGUUAAGCAGCAUGCUGAAGUGGCAGAAGAAGCUGCUGCAAGUAUCUUCAAUCAUGCAUUUCUUAGAGAUAAUCUAAACAAUAUCCACUCCUUUUGCUGUACAUGAGUUAUAACCAUGCCUUAUGGGCAAGACUUUGGAAAAUUGUUGAAAUUAAAAACUUUUGCCCAAGAGGCAACAAUUUAUUCUUUAAUUACACUGAUUAAAUU